AACGAGAGAGGGAGGAAAGAAUGAAAAGGAGAGGAUGCCAGGAGGUCCCUGCUUCUGCCGAAAGUCCCAAUUAGAUGCGACGGCUUCAGCCUGGUCAAGGUGAAGGAAAGUUGCUUCCGCGCCUAGGAAGUGGGUUUGCCUGAUAAGAGAAGGAGGAGGGGACUCGGCUGGGAAGUACUCCCCUCCCCUCCGUGGAAGACCACUGGGUCCCCCCUUUCCCCAACCUCCUCCCUCUCUUCUACUCCACCCCUCCGUUUUCCCACUCCCCACUGACUCGGAUGCCUGGAUGCUCUGCCACCGGGCAGUGGUCCAGUGUGCAGCCGGGAGGGGGCGGGGGCAGGGGGCACUGUGACAGGAAGCUGCGCGCACAAGUUGGCCAUUUCGAGGGCAAAAUAAGUUCUCCCUUGGAUUUGGAAAGGACAAAGCCAGCAAGCUACCUCUUUUGUGUCGGAUGAGGAGGACCAACCAUGAGCCAGAGCCCGGGUGCAGGCUCACCGCCGCCGCUGCCACCGCGGUCAGCUCCAGUUCCUGCCAGGAGUUGUCGGUGCGAGGAAUUUUGUGACAGGCUCUGUUAGUCUGUUCCUCCCUUAUUUGAAGGACAGGCCAAAGAUCCAGUUUGGAAAUGAGAGAGGACUAGCAUGACACAUUGGCUCCACCAUUGAUAUCUCCCAGAGGUACAGAAACAGGAUUCAUGAAGAUGUUGACAAGACUCCAAGUUCUUACCUUAGCUUUGUUUUCAAAGGGAUUUUUACUCUCUUUAGGGGACCAUAACUUUCUAAGGAGAGAGAUUAAAAUAGAAGGUGACCUUGUUUUAGGGGGCCUGUUUCCUAUUAAUGAAAAAGGCACUGGAACUGAAGAAUGUGGGCGAAUCAAUGAAGACCGAGGGAUUCAACGCCUGGAAGCUAUGUUGUUUGCUAUUGAUGAAAUCAACAAAGAUGAUUACUUGCUACCAGGAGUGAAGUUGGGUGUUCACAUUUUGGAUACAUGUUCAAGGGAUACCUAUGCAUUGGAGCAAUCACUGGAGUUUGUCAGGGCAUCUUUGACAAAAGUGGAUGAAGCUGAGUAUAUGUGUCCUGAUGGAUCCUAUGCCAUUCAAGAAAACAUCCCACUUCUCAUUGCAGGGGUCAUUGGUGGCUCUUACAGCAGUGUUUCCAUACAGGUGGCAAACCUGCUGCGGCUCUUCCAGAUCCCUCAGAUCAGCUACGCAUCCACCAGUGCCAAACUCAGUGACAAGUCGCGCUAUGAUUACUUUGCCAGGACCGUGCCCCCCGACUUCUACCAGGCCAAAGCCAUGGCUGAGAUCUUGCGCUUCUUCAACUGGACCUACGUGUCCACAGUAGCCUCCGAGGGUGAUUACGGGGAGACAGGGAUCGAGGCCUUCGAGCAGGAAGCUCGCCUGCGCAACAUCUGCAUCGCUACGGCGGAGAAGGUGGGCCGCUCCAACAUCCGCAAGUCCUACGACAGCGUGAUCCGAGAACUGUUGCAGAAGCCCAACGCGCGCGUCGUGGUCCUCUUCAUGCGCAGCGACGACUCGCGGGAGCUCAUUGCCGCCGCCAGCCGCGCCAAUGCCUCCUUCACCUGGGUGGCCAGCGACGGCUGGGGCGCACAGGAGAGCAUCAUCAAGGGCAGCGAGCAUGUGGCCUACGGCGCCAUCACCCUGGAGCUGGCCUCCCAGCCUGUCCGCCAGUUCGACCGCUACUUCCAGAGCCUCAACCCCUACAACAACCACCGCAACCCCUGGUUCCGGGACUUCUGGGAGCAAAAGUUUCAGUGCAGCCUCCAGAACAAGCGCAACCACAGGCGCGUCUGCGACAAGCACCUGGCCAUCGACAGCAGCAACUACGAGCAAGAGUCCAAGAUCAUGUUUGUGGUGAACGCGGUGUAUGCCAUGGCCCACGCUUUGCACAAAAUGCAGCGCACCCUCUGUCCCAACACUACCAAGCUUUGUGAUGCUAUGAGGAUCCUGGAUGGGAAGAAGUUGUACAGGGAUUACUUGCUGAAAAUCAACUUCACGGCUCCAUUCAACCCAAAUAAAGAUGCAGAUAGCAUAGUCAAGUUUGACACUUUUGGAGAUGGAAUGGGGCGAUACAACGUGUUCAAUUUCCAAAAUGUAGGUGGAAAGUAUUCCUACUUGAAAGUUGGUCACUGGGCGGAAACCUUAUCGCUAGAUGUCGACUCUAUCCACUGGUCCCGGAACUCAGUCCCCACUUCCCAGUGCAGCGACCCCUGUGCCCCCAAUGAAAUGAAGAAUAUGCAACCAGGGGAUGUCUGCUGCUGGAUUUGCAUCCCCUGUGAACCCUACGAAUACCUGGCUGAUGAGUUUACCUGUAUGGAUUGUGGGCCUGGACAGUGGCCCACUGCAGACCUAACUGGAUGCUAUGACCUUCCUGAGGACUACAUCAGGUGGGAAGACGCCUGGGCCAUUGGCCCAGUCACCAUUGCCUGUCUGGGUUUUAUGUGUACAUGCAUGGUUGUAACUGUUUUUAUCAAGCACAACAACACACCCUUGGUCAAAGCAUCGGGCCGAGAACUCUGCUACAUCUUAUUGUUUGGGGUUGGCCUGUCAUACUGCAUGACAUUCUUCUUCAUUGCCAAGCCAUCACCAGUCAUCUGUGCAUUGCGCCGACUCGGGCUGGGGAGUUCCUUCGCUAUCUGUUACUCAGCCCUGCUGACCAAGACAAACUGCAUUGCCCGCAUCUUCGAUGGGGUCAAGAAUGGCGCUCAGAGGCCAAAAUUCAUCAGCCCCAGUUCGCAGGUUUUCAUCUGCCUGGGUCUGAUCCUGGUGCAAAUAGUGAUGGUGUCUGUGUGGCUCAUCCUGGAGGCCCCAGGCACCAGGAGGUAUACCCUUGCAGAGAAGCGGGAAACAGUCAUCCUAAAAUGCAAUGUCAAAGAUUCCAGCAUGUUGAUCUCUCUUACCUACGAUGUGAUCCUGGUGAUCUUAUGCACUGUGUAUGCCUUCAAAACGCGGAAGUGCCCAGAAAAUUUCAACGAAGCUAAGUUCAUAGGUUUUACCAUGUACACCACGUGCAUCAUCUGGUUGGCCUUCCUCCCUAUAUUUUAUGUGACAUCAAGUGACUACAGAGUGCAGACGACAACCAUGUGCAUCUCUGUCAGCCUGAGUGGCUUUGUGGUCUUGGGCUGUUUGUUUGCACCCAAGGUUCACAUCAUCCUCUUUCAACCCCAGAAGAAUGUUGUCACACACAGACUGCACCUCAACAGGUUCAGUGUCAGUGGAACUGGGACCACAUACUCUCAGUCCUCUGCAAGCACGUAUGUGCCAACGGUGUGCAAUGGGCGGGAAGUCCUCGACUCCACCACCUCAUCUCUGUGAUUGUGAAUUGCAGUU